CUUUAAGCUGGUUGAACAGGAAAGGAGAAUUAUGCUGCAAGCUUGGCAAGCCCCACGUGUUACACCCUUUUCAAAAAGUGUUGGACACCCUCUCAAUUCCCAUUGGCUGACAUCGCGGGUCCCAUAUUUUUCCUUCCAGAUACGACUCUUCGAUAUCGGACCCACCGACAACACCACCCACCCAAUCAGGUGCUGCUACUGUUUCAGUGUUGCCCUAGACACGUGGUCUUCCCUAACCAAGCCACCCUUACCACUGCCGUUAUCAUUAUCGUUCUCAUCUCCGAGGGAGGGAGAGAGAGAGAGAGAGAGAGAGAGAGAGAGCCAGAGUGCAUGAGAAGGCACUAAACAAGGUAGAGCUAGGAGGGUGAUGGACGGUGGAUAUCGGUGGCACGUGGGAAGUAACGGUGCUGCUGGCGGACAGCAAGAUAAGACGAUAAUAAACCGAGUGAUGCUCGGAUUCCGACCGAUCGCACCGAAACCGGCCACCAGCGGAUCAGGUUUGCUGACGGACAACAAGAACCACCCUUUUGUUUCGAAAAGAAGGAAGAAGAGAAAGUACGUUAGGGUUCGCAAGAAUAAUGAUGGUCGUAGGAGAAAGAAAACGGUUCCCGAGGAAGAAUUUAUAGAUCAUGGGUUAGAUAGGACGGUUCUGACGCUGCCACUUUUGCCCGAGAGAGCUCAAAAUGAAGAUCUCGACGCCGGAGGCUCCCGGUCUAAGGUUGAUCCUCCAGCUCAUAAAGUCGCAGUCAAUAAUCAGGAUCUGGACCUACAAAUGUGGAUGAACGGCAACAAAUGGGUGUUCGGUAGCGUCGACUGCGGUGUCGGGUCAGAUCAUACGGUGGUGAUGCCACAGAUCAGCACGGUGGCUGAAUCGUGGGUGACUGUGGAGAGCGUGACAGACACGUGCAUGGAUGUACGUGAAUUAGGAUGUACGGACGCAGAGAGAAUCAAGAACCUGGAGAGGGACACCUGUCCGGGGUUUAUAUCAGAGGGCCUGGACAGGGUGCAGUGGGUCAACAAAGCGUAUAAGAGGAUGGUGAGCCAGGAGGGUGACGGACAGUCACGGGAGUGUACAGUGAGGUUGGUGGCAAAGGAGAAAUUGCCCAAUGUGUACCCGGCGUUCACGGGUCGAGUGAGACUGCAGCACACGUGGCGGAACAAGAAGUGUUCAAAGGUGAUGCCUUGUGAUGUGUGGAGGAUGAACUCGGGAGGGUUUGCAUGGAGGUUGGACGUGGAGGCUGCGCUCAGUUUGGGACUUUAGAAUAUAAAGAAAGUAACAAAGCAGAGAAGCAAGCUGCUAGCGAUAUCAGGGGGCCGGCUUUCUGUAUCUAGAGAAGAAGAUCGAGAUCUAGUACUACUACGCGAACAAGUGAGUCGUGUACGUAGAAAUAAGUGUACAUAUACUGCUGUAACUAACGUCGGAGAUCAAGCAGAUAACUUGUUUCUGGGCUUUUGCAAUUAGGCAGUACUGUGUUUCAAAUGUACGGAACCCGUAUUUAAUUUGGGUCAUGAGUCCAAAUUAUUAACUAAAUAAAUUGUAU